AUGGGUUUAAUACCCUUACUCCUAUCUCUUCCGUUAUUCCUACCUCGCGAAACAAUCAGUGCUGCAUCACAAAAUCAGAGAGUUCCAUCUGCGCCGUUGAACUUUGACGUCGUUCUCACCGCUCCCAACCAGGUGAAACUGACCUGGGAUCGUCCUUUGCAUGUGAAUGGCCAGAGCAACUUUGGAGGUUAUUAUGUGUAUGUGGAAAAGCUGGUGAAUGGAGAGCCUGUUAACCGACGACGCACAAAAUAUGACGUGAUAAAUGAUCUUUCGAAGCGAUAUUGGGAAAUUGAUAAAUUGGAGCCAAACACGGAGUAUGCGUUUCGAAUGAAUGCAUUUAACCGCAAUGGUGAUGGAGAGUACACAGAAACGAAGCGGAUCGUAACAGGAGGAAUUCCUCCACGUCAGCCUGAAAUCCAGUCGGUCGUGCUGCUUGGUGAUGAAGCACCAUUGAAAGCGCGCGUUGAUUGGAAGAGACCACAACUUGCUCCUCUAGAAAGUUCCGUUGAUAGAUACAAUCUGUGGUAUAAAGCUGCAGGAACUUCGCACUAUACGAAAAAGGUUGUAAAUGGCACAGUAAACAGCGCCGAACUGAGUGGACUACUGAUGGGACGAAUAUAUGAGAUACUGCUGGGAGCGGAAAAUGUGGAAGGCCAGAGCACAAAUGCUACAGAACAGCUGGUGACACCUGUUGGAAACCCUGAGGGAGAACCACUUAACGUUCAGUACGAAAUUAUCAAUGGGAAGAUGCGGAUAUCGUGGGAAGCACCCGCCGAAGACCGACGCAAUGGCAAUAUUACUGCGUACAAGGCGAUACUCACUCCCAUGGAUUCCGAUGGCGAACGUAUCGAAAAACAGAUUUCCGACGGUUCAAGCUCGGCCACAUUCGCAGUUGACGUCCGGAAAGCAUAUACAUUCAAAGUGGCGGCGGCGACGAUGAAGGGAUUGGGCCCUUUUUCACCUGUUCUCACUAUCAAUCCGGAUCCAGCUGCGCUCGUCGGGCCUCCAACGAAUAUCCGCGUUGAGGCUACUUCAAACAGCUCUGCGGUUGUGCAAUGGGACUUCGAGAAUGGACAAGUUGAUGGGUUCGUUGUGAAGUAUAUGCACGAGCCUGGCGGACGGUCAGACACUGAAAGAUGGACUGCACGAACAGUGAUGAGCCCCAACUCCCGACAUCUUGAAGUUCCACAUCUUACCGCUCACAAACCAUACGCUUUUUGUGUGCUGGCAAUUAAAAACAAUAGACAAGGUGCAUGCUCGGAUCCUCCAACGCUGCUCGAGAGGCUAACUCCCACAUACAUGGUGCAAAAUCUUGUUGUAGAGUGGAAAACGAGUAAUUCGGUCAAGCUACGAUGGGAGUACAAUGGACCUGCUCACGUCGGCUUCUACUUAAACCACACAGGAAAAAAAGAGUAUUUCGAUCAUACUCUAGCCAUGAAAAGUAUGACCACUCCGGGAUUCAAGCACGAGUUGGACGAAGGCAGCCGGGAGUAUCUCUGGACCAAUCUUCGUCCGUACAUGCAGUACACUUUCCACGUUGGCGUACGAUCACUGCCUCCUGGCGCUCGGCAGUACUGGCCCAAAGAGGUGGUGAUAGUUACUGAUCCAACUGGUCCUCCCUUUGUUUUUCCUCCGGAACUGGACGAAGUCAUCGCUGCAAGUCUCGCUGCUAGACCCGGCCAGGUUGUGGUCCGACUGAGACCAGCGUCUGAAGAAUAUGGUCCAAUUUCGCAUUAUUGGCUAAUUGUUGUCCCGGGCAAUUAUUCCAAGGAUGAUGUUGUUAAUAUGGGGUCUGUUGAACUAGAAGCUGCUACAAUAGCCAGACGCAAGGCCCUUGGAAGACAGCUCAGUGCCUCACCAACUAAGAAGGUGAAGAAGUCUAUUGAAAGGUACUAUGAGGAACCACUCACCGGACUUCGUCCCUCUAAUCAGAUUAUUCGAAAGCGCCGCAGCAACGACAUACCAUCAACAGCGUACAUUGCAGCACGAAUUGAGGCAGACGAGAUGAGGAAGAUGUAUUCAGCGGACAGAUCUUUUGUGGUCGGUGAUGAUAAGGUGUACAAUGGAUUCAACAACUUUCCUUUAGAACCGAAUACAAAGUAUCGUCUAAUGAUGCGCUCUUUCGCCAAAACUGACGGAAGACGCAAGGAUGAGUUUGAUAAACGCGCUCCUAUGGGCGAAAAACUGACUCGACUGUAUUCGGAUUCGGCACUUACGGAGCCGUUCACUACUAGAGCGGCUCUGAGAGCUGGUGCCAAACCGGGAGGCUUCUGGUUGAUCGGCCCACUCAUCGCUUUGCUCAUUAUUGCUAUUCUCAUUGGAAUGCUGGUCUGCUGGUGGUUGAGGUGUAACAAAAAAUCAGCUGGGAGAGGACAUCGACAUGGUUCCAUCACAAAGGUAGCACUCACUGGAAAUAUCAUGAACGGAAUCCCCGGCGAGACAAGUAAAUUACUCUCAACAGACACCUAUGGGCGAAGUGUGAUGAAUCCUUACGAACAGAUGAAUGGACAUGGCAACGGACGUAUGGAGUCGUCUGUAGACCUCUAUCCGUUGCCACGAAGUCAGUCUCGUGCUGGUGCUUCUAGCUAUGCCCCUGUUCCUGUUCCAGUUCCAUGCCUGCCAUCGAGCGGAGCGAUGCUCGGAAGCCAUUUUGUUGGCCAUCCGCCAGUUCCAAUUUCCGAGCUUGCUCAACACAUAGAAAGGUUGCGGAUGAACAAUAAUGCUGGAUUCCAGCAAGAAUUCGAAUCUAUCGAGACUGGGCAGCAAUUCACUUGGGAAAAUAGUAGCGCGGAAAUGAACAAGCACAAGAAUCGUUACGCAAACGUAGUGGCGUACGAUCAUUCGCGUGUUGUCCUCUCAUCUUUAGAUGGGGUCCCGGGCACUGACUACAUCAAUGCCAACUACAUUGAUGGCUACGACAAGCCGAAGGCCUACAUCGCGACUCAAGGUCCUUUACCGGAGACAUUCGGAGAUUUCUGGCGAAUGGUCUGGGAGGAGACAUCAUCCACUAUUGUCAUGCUAACAAAUUUGGAAGAACGAUCGAGAGUGAAAUGUGACCAGUAUUGGCCAUCGAGGGGAACUUCAACAUAUGGUGAAAUCCAGGUGACGCUUCUGGAAACAACUGUUCUUGCUCACUACACCAUGCGAACGUUCCGGAUACAAGCAGUCGGAGAGAUGGAAAUGCGCGAGAUUCGACACCUACAGUACACUGCGUGGCCUGACCAUGGUGUCCCAGAUCAUCCAACUCCCUUCCUAAUAUUCUUGAAAAGAGUGAAGACUCUAAAUCCUCCAGAUGCUGGCCCCAUCAUCUCACACUGCAGUGCUGGAAUCGGAAGGACAGGUGCAUUUAUUAUCGUUGACUGCAUGCUUGAAAGACUUCGUUACGAGAACACUGUAGAUAUAUUUGGUUGUGUAACAUCACUGCGAAGCCAGAGGUCCUAUAUGGUGCAGACUGAAGAUCAAUACAUUUUCAUCCACGACGCUGUGCUUGACGCCGUUAAUAGCGGAUCGACAGAAGUACCUGCCGUGAAGUUGCGACAACACGUGAUGGCGCUGCAACAAGUGGCACCUAUGGAAGGAGCAGCGGGAAUGGAACUCGAAUUUAGGCAUCUCUCCACGCUGAAGUGGCCGAAUUCACGGUGUUCCGUUGCUGCUCUCCCUGCAAAUCGUCAUAAGAACCGACAGUCGGCUGUUCUCCCUUAUGACAACAAUAGAGUCGUUAUGCAGAUUAUCCCGGGCGUAGAAGGAAGCGACUACAUAAAUGCAAGCUGGGUGGAUGGGUACAGGGAACGUUGUGCAUAUAUUGCUACGCAAGCUCCAACGGAUCAGACUGUGGCAGACUUUUGGAGGAUGGUGUGGGAACACGAUUGUGCGAUCAUUGUUAUGCUGACCAAAACAUGGGAAUUGGGAAGGGAAAAGUCCUGUGAGUACUGGCCCCAAGAAACUGGAGCCCAAGUUGGUCAAUUAGUUGUAGAACCGAUAGCUGAAUACAACAUGCGAGAGUACAUACUUCGCGAGUUCCGACUUAAUGACGUACAGACUGGAAUUUCUCGAACAGUGCGACAUUUCCAAUACAUAGAGUGGCCCGAGCAAGGCGAACCGAUAACAGCGGAGACGUUCUUAGAUUUGAUACAACAGGUUCAUCGUACCAAAGCUCAGUUCGGAGUUGACGGUCCCAUAGUGGUCCACUGCUCUUCAGGAGCUGGCCGUACUGGUGUGUUCAUCGCGUUGGCAAUAAUCAUCGAUAGGAUGCGCUUAGAACACGUCGUCGAUGUAUUUACCACGGUGAAGCUUAUGAGGACUGAGCGGCAAAACAUGGUUCAGGACAAAGAGCAGUACCACUUCCUCUAUCUUGCCGCUCUCGAAUUCCUUUCCUCUUUUGAGCAGUACCCCACUGCAAAUGAACAUGAGAGGAACAAAGAUGUGCCAUCAGAAGCAGGAAUAAAGGUCAUCAAGAGUACAUUACACGGAGGCAUACGUACACCCAAUGAGGUGGCCUUGCUCUCAUUUCCAUGUGGUGCAGUGAUGAUGAACGGUGACCCUGAGAAGAGAAUUAAGGAUGCUGGCAAUUUGGCACUACAAGCUCAGAGCUCAACCAGAACAACCGCACCUACGACGAAUAUAGCACGUAAAAUUCCUGGUAAUUCGAAGCAGUUGCCACAUGAAGUAGGGAGAGAUCCAGGAGCUAUUCUCGAAGAAAAGGAGGAAGAAGAGUCGUCGAAAAGCGAAGAAAGCAAGUCCACAAGUGUAGAAAGCGGCGAAAGAGCUGCAGAUAAGAAGGAAAAUGAAGAUUUGACAGCUAUAUUUGAAAGUCUCGAAAAACCUGAAACGUUUGAUUUGAAAGAAGAAGCAGCAUCAAUGAAUGACUAUGCCUUGACAGCCACAUUUGAAAGCCUCGAAAAACCUGAAACGUUGGAUUUGAAAGAAGAAGCAGCAACGGAAGAACGAAUGAAGCGGGAGCAAUUGCAAGCACCUGGGGAAUAUUCAUGUGGAAAGAAUGAAGAGCAAAAUCUCUCCAAAAUCGAUUUUAGCAAGCUGGAAAAACCCCAGGCAACGUCAAAGCAAGAACACAUGAGUUUGACGCAGAUGCUCAAGGCUAAGCCUACAUUUAAAGUAAGAAAAGAUCACAAAAGCAACUUCUUAUGCAGAGGCGAUGUACUGUGGAAAAAACACCUCACGGGAGAGGCAAAAAGUGAAAGGACAGGAAAGAUGAAACUCGUAAAAGGCAAAGACGGUUUUCACAUGAAAAUUCCUCUUCAGAACGUUAUUCUUGAGAAACUGGGAGGGCGCUCAAGUAAGAAAGAUAAGUCAAAAAAGGCGAAUAUUUGUAAUUUGACUUCUGCGAAGAAGACUCAGAGUUCAACCCUCAUCAGCCCGCUGAAGGUGCAAAAACCAUUGAUGAUAGACGUUCGGCCUAAAUCAGAAAGGCAAUCAAGAGCAGGAACGCCGGCAAAGACGCACGCGUCCUCACGACUCGGUGUGUCGCACCGUAGUUCCCGUUCAUUUCAUACCGACUUACCGAUAAGUGUUGUCAAAAAUCGACCAUCUUCCCCAAAAAAGAAUGAAGUACCGCUACUAAAUGCUCCAUUGAAAGGAAAACAACCACCACUGGUUGAUGUUUCGUCGAAAACAGAGAAACCGUCAAAAGCAGAAAUGACAUUGAAAACACAGGUGCCGUCAAGGAUCGAACUGUCACAUCAUAGUUCCUCUUUUUCUCACACCGACCUACCGAUAGAAGCUGUUAAAAAUCGAUCAUCUUCCCCGAAAAAGACUGAAGUGUCGCUACUGAGUUCCUCAACAAAAGCGAAAAAACUACCGCUGGUUCAUGUUUCGUCAAAAACAGAAAAACAAACAAGAGCAGAAGCGUCACUGAGGAUGUCUUCACGGCUUGAUACGACGCAACGUAGUGCACGUUCAUUUCAUGCCCAUUCGCCGAUGAAAGUUGGUACGAUUGAAGCGGAGCGAUCUCAGAAGGUGGCUCCUUCACAGCAAAAAGGCGACAUGUUAGAUUCGCAGAGCCCGAAGAAGUCAUCAUACUUCGAUGUUACAAUGGAUACGCAAGAAAUAAGUGCAAAGAAAUGUUCGUCCAUGCCUGCAAUCAACGUCUAUCACCGAGCCCGCGAUCCUCCUACUUGUCACUACAAAUUUGUUACCGUUCAUUUGGAAAUAACAGGAAUCGAUCUGGAGUUGAACCUGACCGAAAACCUUGUUUUAAUCUUCAUUCCCAUCACAUCACCUGUUUUCUUCCAUUUGGUGAUUGGGGACCAGAUUGUUGAAUUUGACGGGCUGGUACCGAAAAGUUUGAAAGAGCUUUAUGAAUUCUUCGAUUCUGCAAAUGGAGAGAUAACACUUGGUGUAGUGCGGGCAUGGAAUGUGCAUCCUCCAACACCGAAGCGAAUGAACAAUGUUUGGCCUCUCAGAAGAUACUGCUAUUUAAUCGUCGAGUUGCCGCUCAUAAAAAAAUUGCCGGCCGGAUAUGAGUUUCAAGGAAGCAAUGGUCGAUUAUACUUGAAAAAGGUGGAGCCACAAAGCAUGGGAGCUUUUGCAUUCCUCACGGUCGACCGGGUGCUAGAUGUGGACUCUGACAAGAUUCCUCUAAGAGUUAAUAUGGUCGCGAUUCGGAAUAAAAUUCAAGCUGUUCAAGAAAGAGACGGCUUCUGCACAUUCCUGAUUGAGAGACCAUCUUCUUUGCACCACCUCACCAAUCCUAGCUGUGUUGCUAUGAGGUCAGAAAACACGUCGAAUGAUGUGGUAAUCGGAGAUGACGCCACCGAGAUAGGAACUCGAGAAGCAUUCAAACACACAUGCGUUAAGUUUAAACAUAGAAACCCAUCUAUAUAUUUGACACAACCGCUCGAACAAGAACUAGAUCUCACCACUGCCGAAGACGACUCUGACGUUGCUACAGCGUAUCAUCAUCAACACCAGAAGAAGAAGAAGAAACGAAAACUAAGAAUUGGGACAGCGAAACCUCCUACCGACUGCCCUACACCUGCACACAUUGUUCUUGUUUUCAAUUUUUCACCUCCAUCAGAGGCACUGCAUGAAGGCCUACGCAAUGCAUUUGGCGGUGGCUAUGCAUUAAACCCACGGAUCUCCCUCACUAGAGGGAUCACAGCCGGGGAUGGACUCCCUGUUUCUGCUGAGCCAGGACUGACUCAUGACAUCCUUGUAUCCCGCACGUCGGUCCGGCCAAAAGCCUGCAAUCAAGUGACUGGGAGGUGCAAGGGAGGCGCAAAACACAGUAAUAGAAAAGAGUCUCCUGAUUCCGGAGGAAAGCCUGGUACGGUAGCGCCAGGUAGGACGGGGUUGCAGGAGUCAUGUAGGCUACCAAAACGGAAAAGGACUAGGAUGGCGAUCUGUACUUAUAACGCACGUACGCUUGCAUCGGAAGCGGCCAUCGAAGAUCUGAUGAUGCAAGCCAAGAAGAUCAAGUACGACGUCAUCGGACUGACCGAGACGAGACGACGUCACCCUCUCAACGCCGUAUAUGAAACUGGAGAAGAACUGUUCUUAGGAACAUGCGACAGUAGAGGUGUUGGUGGAGUUGGCGUCCUCGUCAACACGAGUAUGGCAAAGAACAUCGACUCUUUUGAACAACUUACGACCCGAAUCGGACGUCUGCGGAUGAGAAGAUGUGGCCCAAUACCAGCUUUGACUAUCUUCGUCGUUUACGCUCCAACAUCAAGCUACGAAGAAGAAGAAGUCGAAGCUUUCUAUAUGGACCUGGAGAAGUUCUACCAAGAAGAUCAUGCCUUCUACAAGGUCAUAGUUGGCGAUUUCAACGCUAAGGUUGGCCCAAGAAGAACGCCGGAGGAACUUCACAUCGGGACCCACGGCCUACAAUGGAAUGACCAGGGAGAGAGGCUCUCCGAGUUCAUCAUGACGACUAAGACCAUCCAUGGGAACUCGCAAUUUCAGAAGCCCUCUUCUUUACGCUGGACGUGGGAGUCACCCGGUGGAGGGUACCGUAAUGAAAUAGACCACAUCAUCGUCAAUAAAAGGUUCUGCCUGACGGACGUCGGUGUUGUACCAAAGUUCUAUACGGGAUCGGACCAUCGCCUCCUCCGAGGAAGAUUUUCCUUCACAAGGAGAGCAGAGAAAGCCGCCAAGUUCAGAGAGAGAAAUCCCAGGACUACCAUCAACUGGGAUCUCUUCGCUACGCUAGCCGGCUUUUGGGAAGAUUCUGCAAUGGACAACAUCGACGAGGAAUAUGACCGGCUUGUCGAACACCUUUACGACUGCGCGGAGAAGGCUGAGAGUUUUAAAACCACCAAGAGGCGCCUGUCUCUUAAAACUCUUGAGCUGAUACGCCAGCGUGGAGCAGCACGAGCCGCAGGGAACCAAGAACUCACGUCCGAGCUCGCAAGGCUUUGCCGAGAGGCGAUAAAGGAAGACCUUAAAGAGAGAAGAGCAGAAGUGCUGGCUGAAGCUGCAGAGGCGGGGAAAAGCAUCCGCUAUGCCCGUCGAGACUUCGCCAGUCGCAAGACGAGGAUGACUGCUCUCCAGAACCCAAAGGGAACAGCCAUUGCAUCGAGAAGGGGGAUGGAGAAAAUCAUCUACGACUUCUACUCUGAUCUCUUCGACAGCCAUGUCCACUUGCCUCCUCACCAUCUGAGGGAAGAUGGACAAGUCAUUCCAGAGGUUCUCCCGUCCGAAAUACGACAUGCUAUCAUGUCGGUAAGAAAUCGUACGGCACCCGGUCCCGACAGAAUAAGACCAGAACACCUGAAGAGCCUUCCGCCAGUACUCAUCAACACCCUGGCGAGGCUCUUUACACGUUAUCUGUCGGAAUGCAAGGUUCCUAAACAGUGGAAGACCAGCAAGAGCGUGUUGUUGUAUAAAAAGGGAGAUCCACAUGACAUCGGCAACUAUCGCCCAAUCUGCCUACUGUCCGUCAUCUACAAGCUCUUUACAAGAGUAAUCCUUAAUAGGAUUGAAAAAGUCUUGGAUGAAGGACAGCCAUGCGAGCAAGCAGGGUUUCGAAAAGGAUUCAGCACGAUUGACCACAUGCACACUGUUUCAAAACUCAGAGAAGUAUCACGAGAGUACAAGAUGCCGCUCUGUCUCACCUUCAUCUACUUAAAGAAGGCUUUCGACUCUGUUGAGACGAAAGCGGUCGUGGAAGCCUUGGACAACCAAGGCGUCCCUACUCAGUAUAUAAAGGUACUUCGAGAGUUGUACAGUAACUUCACGACCGGAAUUUCGCCAUUCUACAAGAACAUCAUCAUUGACGUGAAGAGAGGGGUCCGACAGGCCACCCUCGAGAACGCAAUGCGAAAGUUGGAAUGGGACGACAUGGGAGUGAAGGUUGAUGGUCGGCAGCUACACCAUUUGCGCUUUGCUGAUGACAUCGUACUGGUAACACCUAGCAUCAGCCAAGCGGAACGAAUGCUGACCGAAUUCGACGAAACAUGUGGAUGCAUCGGUCUUCAGCUGAAUCUACAAAAGACGAUGUUCAUGCGGAACGGAUGGGUCUCGGAUGCCCCAUUCAUGCUCAACGGAACGAACAUAUCCGAAUGCACCAGCUACGUUUAUCUGGGUCGGGAACUGAACAUGAUGAACGACCUGACCCCCGAGCUGGGCAGGAGGAGACGAGCGGCUUGGGGAGCGUACAAGAGCAUCGAGGAUGUAGUGAAGAAGACCAGGAACACCCGGCUCCGUGCUCACCUCUUCAACACCACCGUACUUCCUGCUUUGACCUAUGCUUCGGAAACCUGGGCAUUUCGCAAGCAGGAAGAAAACGCGGUGAGCGUCAUUGAACGCGCAAUUGAGAGAGUGAUGCUAGGAGUAUCCCGUUUCACGCAAGUGAGGGACGGGAUUCGAAGUUCUCUCCUACGUCAGCGAUCGAAGAUUAGAGACGCCACCGCGUUUGCCAAGGAAAGUAAAAUAAGGUGGGCCGGACACGUGAUGCGCUUUGAUGACAACCGUUGGACCAGAGCCGUGAGCGACUGGGUUCCCCGCGAUAUUAAGCGCACUACAGGAAGACCGCCGACUCGAUGGUCAGAUUUCUUAACGAAGUCCUUGAAAGAAAAAUAUGAUGCUCUUCGUAAAAAUCCGAAGGAGAAGUUUAUACCUAGUGAUGUGAAAAGAGGAACAGUACUUAGCAAGACCAGUGAAAGUUCUUUAAGAAAGCUUGUCACCAAAUUCAUAUCGAAAACAUUCCACACAACAGGUCACUGA